AUGACAGGAGCAAUGACAGUCUUUAAAGUUGCCAUGAACAGCUUUACAAGUUAUUCCGCCAUCAUGUUAAACGUCGUUGCAAUAAUCGCAUUGAGAAAAACUCCAUCAUUUCCGAAGCCUUUAAAAAUACUACUUCUAAGUAUCAGUGCCUCAGAUCUUUGUGUUGGUUUGCUAGUACAGCCAUUGUACGUGGCACUUGCUAUGAUUGAUGAACGCAAUCCGAUUUUCGAACCAUUGGCAAGAGUGAAUACUAUUUCAGGCACAAUUUUUUGUACUGCUACGCUGUUGGGUAUUUGUGCUGUAUCAGUAGACAGAUUCCUAGCAAUUCAUCUUCAUCUUCGAUACCAGGAAAUCGUUACUCACAGACGCGUUGAGGCUGUGGUUAUCUCAAUUUGGGUUUUGAGUGCAGUUCUUUCGCUCCCGCGAACAAGAACACCUUCUGAGAAGACCGAUAGGAUAAUCCUCGCCAUCAUGGUUUUUAUUACCCUUGGUUGUCUUGUCGCAAUAGCAAUAAUUUAUGUUAAACUUUAUGUAGUUUUGAAACACCAUAUUAUGCAAGUUCAAGCCCUUAACAUAAAUCUAGAUUCUCAGACCACUGUGGCAAUUGAAGAUACUGCUAGACAGAAAAAAUGUACAGUCGCCAUUUUCUACUUAUAUCUCACGCUUUUGAUUUGCUACUUGCCAAACGCAUGUGUUGCUUUAAUGAUUGUAGUAGAUGCCUCUUUUCCCUUCGAAAUUAUCCAUUUCUCGGACACUUUGGUAUAUCUCAACUCAUCCCUCGAUCCUUUGAUUUACUGUUGGAAGAUGCGGCAAGUACGACUCGCUGCCAUGAACAUACUACGAAACAUACAUUUUAGAUGUUAG